CAACACACACAAGGUUGUUCUUCAAGCCACGGUUCUCUGAAUCCAAAAAAGAAAACCAGUAUUUAAGGAACCAUGCUUAUCACAACAACACUGUCAUUUCUUAACACCUUCAAAUACCUCAAAACCUUCUCCUUUCAGAUCACAAUUCUCAUUCUCUCUAAUCUCUUAUCUCCUCUUCUGUUAUACACAUUCUCAGUAAAUUUCUUACCUGAAAGUUAUCUCUUCUUCUUAAUUCUUCCACCUCAUCACAUCCUUAUCUCAAUCUCUUGACAGGAUUUUAAUCAGUGCUGUGUGAUGGAAGCAAUGGUGAAGAAUUUCUCCAGAGAGGGACAGCAGAAAUUUAAAUUGCCACCAGGAUACAGGUUUCAUCCAACUGAUGAAGAGCUCAUAACUCACUACCUCUCACAGAAGGUUCUUGACAGCAAUUUCUGUGCUAUAGCAAUUGCAGAAGCUGAUUUGAACAAGUGUGAACCAUGGGAUUUGCCUUGGAUGGCCAAAAUGGGUGAAGGUGAGUGGUAUUUUUUCUGCAUGAGGGACAGAAAAUACCCAACUGGUUUGAGGACAAACAGGGCCACUAGUGCUGGCUAUUGGAAGGCCACAGGCAAAGACAAGGAGAUAUACAGGGGAAAGACACUGAUUGGAAUGAAGAAAACACUGGUUUUCUACAAAGGAAGAGCUCCAAGAGGUGAAAAAUCAAACUGGGUCAUGCAUGAAUAUAGAUUGGAGGAGGACAAACAGUCUGUGCAGAAUCUCCCCAAACCUGCUAUGGACUGGGCUAUCUGCAGAGUUUUUGAGAAGGGUGCUCAUGGAAAGAAAAUGCAUGUUCCUUUUAGCCCUUUUGCAAAGGAAGUACUACUGCCUCCAUUGAUGGAAUCUUCUCCAUACAACAGUGAAACUACUAAAACUGCUAUUGGGGAAUCAUCACAUCACUCACAUGUGACAUCCUUCUCAGACCCAAAUCAAACUGAUGAACAAAGGACAACACAAGAUGACAUAGUUGAUAGCCUUGAAACUCCAAUGAUAACAUCUUCAUAUUCUUCAAACCCCUCUGAUAUUUCCCCUGCUCCUUGGAAUUUUAUCAAUGUUGCCCCCACUGUGCCCCACCAAUCCACACAAAUUGCACAAGUUGGGAUUUCACAGGGCUCAGAUUAUCUCAUGGUUCAAGAAGAGUCCAUGCUGGGGAUGUUGAUUGAAAACCAAGGAUCAAGUACAGAGACAAAGUAUCAGAAAGCUCAGGAAAGGGACUUUGAUGCUGACAACUCCUCUGUGAUGUACAACAAUCAAAUGUUCCCAAUGAAUCAGGAAUUUUCAUCAGCUUCUGUAGGACAGCAUGUGGACACUGGUUUUCUGUGGAAUUUCUAAGGAAGGUUGGUUGGUAUUUUGCAGUUUAAAGAUAUAAGAAAGUUUAGUCAUUAGCAUUGUUAUACAUGUAAAUAAUUUGCAUUUAAGUUGAUGUUAUGUCCUAGAGAGUACAGGAAAUGGAUGUAAACAUUGUCCUUUUUGUUAUAGUUUUUCGAAGUUGUAUUGCUUGAUAGUUUUAUAAACUUAGUACUUUAUAGUAGUUAUUUUGAGGUUUGUGCCAAAAA